AUGGUGCAGCAGAAUCUGAUUGAAAACAACGGGACUCUGCAGCAACUGAAUUUCCAAGUGGAUUUUUUCGGCAGAUUCAGCUCAGAAAUUCUUGGGGACAGUGAUGAGCCACCUCACACAGAGAUGGAACUUUCAUCCAAAAUAGAAAGAGAUGAAGAAGAGAAAAGAUCAGAGAUGCCUCCUACCUUAAGUUUCCCGACAACACUGAAAAGUGAAGCCAGUGCAGCGAGAUCAGAAGUGAAAUCUUGUGGUCACUGUGGAAAGGAUUGUAGCUCAAGGCAGAGUGAUUCACAGAUUGACUCUACUCUCAAUGCUUGUCAUUGCUUGAAUAUUUCCCAACAGGAAUUAAAGACUACAGUGAAGAAUAUAACAGAAAAUAGGAAAUUUAAAUGUGUGGAAUGUGGAAAAUCAUUUAAGUUCAAACAUCAUUUGAAAGAACACUUUCGUAUACAUAGCGGAGAAAAACCCUAUGAAUGUUCUAAGUGCAAAAGAAGGUUCUCCCAUUCUGGGUCUUACAGCUCUCACUUAAACAAUAGGAAAUGCUUUCCCUAUAAAGACAGCAAUUCCAUGGUGCCUCCAUUCAUGCAUCCCUGUUCCCUACCUGGAGAACUUGACUUUGUACAAAAGUAUAGUGAUCAAUUCAAACUACAACACUCUCAUAGUAAAAACUGGUUAAUAUACCACCCGGUUGCUGAACCUUUACCAGCCCCACAUGUCACAUGGUGUAGCCAUGAUUUUGAUAUCGCCCAGGGAUCUCUUGAGAACAUUUCCUAUGGCAUGGCUAUGAGCCCACAGUUGGAAAAGGCGCCGGGUCUUUGGCAUUUUGGUAAUGACUGCUGGAAGAAUUUGAAACAAAUUAGUUCCAGCAGGUGGUCAGAAGAUAAUCUUAGACAAUGGGACUCUUUAAAGAAACAGGAAAUGGACUACCAAAGUGCUGGUGUCUCUCAGUGGGGAAAGUACCAACCGGAAACACUGACUUCAAGUCAUCUCUAUGAAACAGAAGAAAAUACAAGGCCCCUAACUCUGUACCACAGAGACCUUCCUACUGAAACGAUAGUAAAAAAUUCAGCAAUAUAUACAAAUAGUCCACAAAGGAAACUGAGAAUAGAGAACUUAGAAACAGAAAAAGAACAGCAAGUAACAAAAGACAAUGGAUUGGACCAGUCUUUAUCUUCAAAUUGUCCACAAAAACUGUUAUCUCCUGCCUGCAGACUGGAAACCGCAGGGCGCUGCCAUCCAAGUCAGUACUAUAGUUCAGAACAAAUUAUAUCAGAUUCCAUAAAAAAUUUUGCAUUAUCUGACAAAGUCCCAAAAGAGCCCCAGAUUGAGCCGCUAGACUUAUCUGUCCCAAAAAUACGCAGCAAUCCACAUGUGAGGACACUUCUUUGUGACCAGUCCUUGAAGCAUGCAAAUUAUACAUUUAGAAGUAAAGGUUCCAGGCCGGAUUCAUUCUUACCUUACACUGAGCCACAGCAUGGGUCCCACAAUUUGCCAUGCUUAUUGCCAAAUGUAUUGCACAACUUCAUUCAGAGUCGCUAUCCAUUUCUGCAUAUUAACCACAGUUUCAGUGGACUCUCAUUUUGCCCCUUUAUAAACUGCUUUUAUGAAGACCAGCCAAAUAACCUGGAAAGAAAAAGCGAAGACUUUGCACCCCUGGAUGUCCCUGAGGAAGAGAAACAAACUGUUAGUGCACCACGAAAGAAGAUCAAGAAAGCGGAGAAUGGUUUAUAUGCUUGUGAUCAGUGUAAUAAGAGUUUCCAGAAAAGCAGUUCUCUUCUACGACACAAAUAUGAACAUACAGGAAAUAGACCACAUCAAUGUGAAGUUUGCAAUAAGGCCUUCAAACACAAGCAUCACCUCAUUGAGCAUAUUCGCCUACAUUCAGGAGAAAAGCCAUACUGUUGUGAUAAGUGCGGCAAGAGAUUCUCCCAUUCUGGGUCCUUCUCUCAGCAUAUGAAUCAUCGGUAUUCUUACUGCCAUAGAGAUAAUACAGAUCUCCCUGAAAAUGGUGAGAUGACUUGGGGAAACACAUCUAACCAGUCUGGAAAUUACCCAGGGUUGCAUUCUCCUGGAGAACUGAUGAAUGUGGUGCAGAUUUAGGGAGAAACCACAAAGGUUUUACAAAUAAAAGGCACUGCAGUUCUCUAUAAGCAAGUGGAUCAAUCUAUCACAUGACUCCAGAUUCAGAGAGAAGACACUGUCAAGAUCAAGACCAGGAUUCAUUUGAGCAAAUAA